AUGGCUCAACAGCACAGCUAUGCUCUCAGCCCCAUAACUGCUCUUGCCUUGUACGAGGCCGGACCUGACCAUGUCCUCCUCGCGGGUGAAGAUACCUGGCUCAAGGUCUACGACGUCCAGUCCUCCCGUUUGCUCGGCCAGCUCCGGGUGUUCUACUCCCAGCCCAUCCACGGCAUCCACAUUUCUCAGUCUGGCAAUGACAGCCAAAAAGAAACGCAGCUGCUCAUCUGGGGCGGCCACUCAGUAACCCUCCUCCCGUCCAGCUCCCUUCAAGCUCUCAUCGCCGGGAAAACCCCACAUCCACCCACCGAGACUCACGCCCCAGACUGGAUCUACGACGGCAUCAUUCUGCCCGCAUCCCCCUCAAACCCAAGCGCAGAAGUCACCGGCGCGCUGGUAACAGCCCACAACGAAAUCCUGCCCUUCUCCACCCCUCGCCAUAACAACGACAACGACAACGACAACACCACCACCACCACCACAACCACCACCAACAGUAAACCCCCACCCCUAACCUUCGGUCCCCUAACCUCCCCCUCUCGCCCCAUCCUCUACUCCGCCAACCUCGCCCUCCUCGCCCCCUCCACCCUCCUCGUCGCAGGCGGCACCGUCUUCGGCGAGAUCAUCGUGUGGAAAUACCACGUCGGUGCCGCAGCCGAAGCCAACACUACCACCACCACCAACGCUACUGACAACGCCCGGUGGGAGGUGCUGUUUGUGUUUACCGGCCAUGAGGGGUCUGUUUUUGGGGUUAGUGUGUCGCCGGACCUUGGGGGUGGGAGGAGGGUGCUGGCGAGCUGUAGUGAUGAUCGGACGGUUUAUUCGUUUGGGGAGGAUUGCUCACGGCAGAAGUGGGAGUUGGACUUGGAUCUCGAGCGGUGGAGCGCGGUCAAGUCGGGGGCUGGAGGGAAGAAUAUCUGGUCUGCCGCUGUGUUGCGCAGGGGAGAUGAUGAGCCCCUGGUAGCGACUGGCGGAGCUGAUGGCAAAAUUGUCAUCGCGGGGAAGAUUAAGGGAGUUGCUUCGGGUUUCGGCACAUACGAAGACGUGGAUCUCAGUUAUACCUUUGACGAGGUACUGCGAAAUUUACAAGGCAACACACGGUUAAUAUCUAAAACCCAGACCGCAAAGAACACCAAGCACGCCUUCCAACGGUACGCCUUUCUGUCGGACACAGUCAUGGCAGUCACAGCCUCGGGCAGGUUGUUUCUCGCGACCAUGGGAAGCUCUCUCACCUGGGAAGAAGUCGCCGUCCCUGAAACUAUCGUUACAGAUCUCAAGUCAUACAACGUCGUCAAGAGCCCGGCAAGAGACACGGCUGUCCUCGGCAGUGCAAGCGGCAGGGUUUAUUUGUUUCGAAAAGGAGAGGUUCGCGAGAUAGCCAUUCUUCCGGAAAAGAUCUCAGACAUCAUCCUCCUCAAUGCCCCCAAGCGUGCUGCCAGCGAGUUAUCUUGGUCUGUCCUCGUCAACAUUCUCGGCUCUGACCACGCUAUUCUCCUACACUUCGACACAUCCACCGAUACCACAACAAUAGACAACCGGAGGAUACGACUCGCAGAACACUACAUCGUCACCGCAGCCGCCUUUUGCGAUGGCACGCUCAUUCUCGGGUCCCGCACCGGCUCCUUGACGGUCUACGGUACCGACCCCAACACAGACGACUUUAUCCCCCUGAUCUCUCGAAAAGACUGCAAGACAAAAGACUCCAUCACCUGCAUUGUGCCCAUUCCGGGUACCCCCUCUGGCCAACCCUCCUUCUUGGCAACCUGCCGUGAUGGCAAAUACCGCAUCUACACGCUUUCCACUUCACCAUCCUCGCCAGGGUUAAACCUCCAGCACGAAAUCUCCCCACCGCUCAACACCCUCGAGGCAGCCUUCUUCACCACUCCACCCCCGUCUCAAUCUCACGAUUCUUCGUCACCAGAGCCAAAGUCGGAGUUGAUCCUCCACGGAUUCUACGGCCCCAACUUCCUCACCUACAACGACUCAACCCGCUCGAUCCUCUCCAGCAUCCCAUGCGGCGGCGCCAACCGGCCGUUUACAACCAUCUCCUGCCCCCACGACCCAGGCCGGAUGCGCUUCGUCUUUUCCAAGGCGGGAACGCUCCGUGUCGUCUCACAGAGUGCCGAGGCCGAGCGGGUGUUACGGGCUGGCGGGCACGGGAGGGAGGUCAAGAGCGUAUCCGCCACCCUCCUUCCCUCUCCCUCUACUCCCUCACCCUCCCACAGCCCCGACCAACAACCAGCCGAAGCAACAACCAGCGCCCUAAUCGCAACCGCCGCAGAAGACACCUCCAUCCGCAUCUGGCGCCACCAACCCCCCGCGACCAACAACACCACCCCAACUCCCACCACCACCACCGAAAUGACCUGCCUUGCCAUCAUCCAAGGCCACUCAGCCGGCAUCCAAGCCCUCCGCUUCUUCACCCCCCAACCCCCAUCCCCAUCCCCAUCCCCACUCCCCUCCACCCUUGAAUCUUCCUCUCCCACCUCCCAACCUACACCCUCCUCCUCCUCUGCUAAGGAAACCACCUACCUCCUCAGCAGCGCCGGCAGCGAAGAGCUCUUCAUCUGGCGCCUCUCCCGCCUCGCCUCGCGUACCUACGACGCCCUCGCCGUCGUGCGCGAGGCCGUCUGGUCCGACGACCACGGUCAAACCACGCCCGACAAGGACCUGCGCAUCAUGGACUUUGACGUCGCGGGCUGGAACCCGGGUUCGGGUGAUGGCGGUGAGGGCGGUAGUAACGGUGGGGGGAUGCUGGUCACGAUGGCGCUGUCGGACUCGAGCGUGCGCGGCUAUGUGUACUCGCCCCCUCGGGACGGGGGUGGUGGUGGUGGUGGUGGUGGUGGGUUUGGGCUGCUGGCGGUGGGGCGGUAUACCGGGGCGUGUCCGACGCAGGUGCGGUAUCUGAAGGUGGAUGGCAGCGGUGGUGGCGCGGGGGAGGUGCAUGUGCUGACGGCGUUUACGGACGGGCAUGUGGCGGUGUGGAGGACGACUACGACUACGACUACGACUGUGGCGGGCGAUGGGGCUGUGGGGUUGUUUGAGAUGGUGCUGGUGGUGCGGGUGCAUCAGAGCAGUGUCAAGAGCCUGGAUCUGGCGGCGGAGGGGCCGGGCCGGUGGCUGGUGGCCACGGGCGGUGAUGAUAACGCGCUCGGGUUCCUGGAUCUCGCGUGGGAUGCGGGCAAGGGGGGGUAUGUUGUGGUUGGGAGGUAUCGGGUCAAGGACGCACAUGCGGCGGCGGUUACCGGGCUGUCGGUGGUCAAAACGGGGGCUGGGGUGACAGAAGUGGCCACCGCUAGCAACGACCAGAGAGUUAAGCUUUGGAGGGCUGAAAGGAGCGCCACUAAAGGGAUGCGGGUCACCAUGCUGGACAAUCGGUACAGCUCGGUGGCUGACGCGGGAGAUUUGGAGCUCAUCGCUCCCGGAAAGCUGAUGGUUGGCGGUGUUGGGGUGGAGGUAUGGGAUGUCUCGAGGGAUAGCAUAGUAAGCUAGGUAGAAAAAAGCCGGGCAUCGAGAUCAACGGGGGCAGUGGAUGAGAUAUGCUCUUUACCGUCUACUUUUCUAUUAUAGACAAGACUUGUCCACCCACGCCCGCUAA